AUGGGUGAAGCCAGUGUGACAAUUCAGGAAGAAGUCAUGGCAGAAAAUAAUGUGCCACCACCACAGAGGACACUGGGAGAUUACAUGACUCCCACAGUCAUUCCACCGAUUGGGAGUGUUGUUCGACCAACUGUGGAGCCUAAUAAUUUUGAGUUGAAACCUGCACUAGUACAAUUGGUGCAGAAGGAACAGUUUGUUGGUACCAGUGCAGAAGAUCCAUAUUUUCACAUUGAAAAUUUCUUACUAUUGAGCGAUACGGUGAAGAUCAAUGGAGUGACCAGAGAUGCCAUCUUGUUAAGGUUGUUCACUCAUUCACUGAAGGAUGAUGCAAGAAGAUGGUUACAAUCAUUACCUCAAGGGAGUAUCACAACUUGGGAUGAUCUUCAGACUAAGUUCUUAGCCCGGUUCUUUUCAGCAUCUAAGAGGGCGAAGUUGAAGGAUGAGAUUACAGGGUUCAAACAUAAAGAAUCAGAGUCUAUCUAUGAAGCCUGGGAGAGGUUCAAGACACUUUUGAGGAAAUAUCCACAACAUGGAAUCAAAGUGUGGAAUCAAGCAGCAAUAUUUCUCCAAGGGUUGACAACCAACACUAGGACAUUGGUGAAUGCCACAGCUGGUGGUUCACUAACAACCAAGACUCCUCAGGAAGCCCUUGACAUCUUUGAAUCUCUGGCAUCUCAAGAUUUUGACAAUGCUACAGUUAGUGACAGAAGAACAGGAAUUAUAAAACUUGAUAGUUAUGAUGCUCUGAAGAGACAUGUUACAGAUGAUUGUGAUCAUGGGGGAUCUGUUGAACAGGCAGAAGUGAACGGGGUAUGGUAUGAUCAAAUGAACCAUAACAACCAGGGGCGAAAUGUAUAUGUUACACCAUGGAAGAAUAAGAAUCAACACCCAGGGUUCAGUUACAGUUCUAAUCAUCAGUUGAAUCCUCCAUUGCAUCCUCCUCCAUCACAUUCUUCACAACAAGGUGAUACUUUUGCUUGGGAGAAAGCUUUUGCCCAGCUAUCAAAGACCACUCAAGAUUAUAUACAAGGGUCAAAUUCUUUCAGGGAAGAAACUUCUGCAUUCAUGCAAGAGACCAAAACAUCAUUCAGGAACCAAGAAGCAUCCAUCCGGAAUUUGGAGACCCAAAUUGGUCAGUUGUCCAGGCAGAUAUCUGAGAGACCACAGGGAAAAUUUCCUGGUGAUACAAUGGUUAAUCCAAAGGAGCAUUGUAAGUCCAUUAUUACAAGAAGCGGGCUUGUGCUUCAACCGGUUAACAAGAAAGUGGAAGAGAAGAAAGUGAGAGAAAAGAAAGAUGAGGAAGAAGUUGUUGUUGAAGAUGUUGUAGUUGAAAAUGAUGAAGUAGAAAAAGUUAAGGAAGAUAAGAAAGAAGAUGAG